GUCCCGCCGCAGCCGAAGGCACAAGUUUCCCUGCGACGCCCCGGGCGCCGCGCCGCGCAUGCGCCGUCCUGCGCGCAGGGUCGAAGGGCGCGGCGCCUGCGCGGAGCGGCGGGCGGCAAGAUGGCGGACAAAGAGAAGAAGAAAAAGGAGAGCAUCUUGGACCUGUCCAAGUACAUCGACAAGACCAUCCGAGUGAAAUUCCAGGGAGGCCGCGAAGCCAGCGGCAUCCUCAAGGGCUUCGACCCGCUGCUGAACCUCGUGCUGGACGGCACCAUCGAGUACAUGCGAGACCCUGACGACCAGUACAAGCUGACUGAGGACACGCGCCAGCUGGGCCUGGUGGUCUGCCGCGGCACCUCGGUGGUGCUCAUCUGCCCGCAGGACGGCAUGGAGGCCAUCCCCAACCCCUUCAUCCAGCAGCAGGACGCCUAGCCGGCCCUGCGCCAGCCUCCUGUGGACUCGGCUGCCCCCAGCGGGGAAGGCGUCAGAGAAGGGCAGACGCAGAGCGGGGACUUGAGGUUCAGAGAGACCAGGAGGGGAAGGCACAGGCGGAGACCGGAAGGAGGGCGGCCGCCGGCGGGGUGACACUGGAUCUCCAGGUCUCCGCCCUCCCAGCCCCACACCGCAGCGGCCAUGCCGUCAGGAGGCCGCCCGCUGACCCCGGCUGCCAUCCCGCCCUUCCACCUCCCUGCCCGCGGCCAGUGCAGGCCUCGGGGCUCGGCGCAGGGGCUGUGCCCACCCGACCAGAGGCCAGGCCUGCUGCAUGUGCCCACGGUGACCAAGGCCCUCGGCUUCCAGGUCCUGGCCGAGAGGCCUCGGGUCUUGUCUGCAGAGGCGCCACUCUGGGAGACGCGGACAGAGGCCCUGCAGGCGGAGAGAGAGGCAGGCUCUACCUUGACCCCAGCCAGCUGGAGAGCCCCAGGACAUGGCCUCGCGGCAGGUUUCA